AGGGGCUUCGCCCUCGAGAUUAGCUUUUCUCGCCCCAGGUUUUCGCUUGGACGAACGCAAACGACGUGGAACUUCUUCAUUCUGUGUUUUAGCUCGCAGUUUUGUCGUUCGCUACGAGUUAGCGCCCAUUACCGUCGGGUAAUGGCACGGCCAAGCCACAGUGAGCAUGUCCUGCAGCAACUCAACAACCAAAGGGAGUGGGGUUUCCUCUGUGACUGCUGUAUUGCCAUAGGGGACAUUUAUUUCAGGGCCCACAAGGCUGUGCUGGCAGCCUGCAGCUCUUACUUUAGAAUGAUGUUCAUCAGGGACCAGCAGGCAACUGCACGAUUUGAUCUCAGCAACAUGCAAAUCAGCGCAGAGUGCUUUGAUCUCAUACUGCAACUCAUGUAUCUUGGCCGCAUUGCUGUGGAUCACUAUGAGUUUGAGGAGCUGAAAUCCUCCAUGACCUACCUACAAAUGUACUACAUCCCUGACUCCCUUGAGGACCUCAGAGACAUUCGGACAUCCAAUCUGACACCUUCAUCCUCAGCGUCAUCCUCUUCAUCGUCUAGCUCCUUAUCCUCAUCCAGCGUAGUGGGAGGUAAGAUGAUGUUUGGUGUUCGAAUGUUUGAGCAGCAGAGGCCAAGCCCUGCUGAGACUGAGCAUGCUCCAACGGCUUCAACCACAACUACUCGUCAGAACAUUAACAUCUCAACUGUCAGGCCUGCUGAAGAUGUGGUCAUACCACACCCUCCACCACAUUCAGAGACCAUUGUAGACCAGCCAUGUGACUUAAGGAAGAGGACUUCGGGCCGAAGCUCUGCCAUGAAAGAACGUCCUCGGUUUGGUCGCACUUACACAUGUGAUGAUUGUGGCUUUGUCUUCAGCUGUGAAAAGCUGCUUAUUGAACACAUCCUUACAUGCACCAAUCGCAAAGCUUUCCAGACACCCAGAGUCAGCAAAGAGGUUUAUAGUGACACUGGCAAAGCAGAGAGUUCAGCCUCAGAGGGGAUGGAUGAACAUAGAGCAGUUUGCAAGGGGGAAGACGACUGGCCAGACCAUAAGCCAGACACAGAUACCGUGAUCAGGUCUGUCUCCACUGGUGUGGACAAUGAAGCUGCGUACUCCAGGAAUAUAACCAUUAAAGUGGAACGAGAUGAUGAUUCUGAGACAGACUUAGAAACUAUAAAAGUAGUAAAGGUAGGAAACCAUAAUGUAGGGAGCUGCAAAGUUCGUAGCAGGGCAUACAGAGAUAGUGUGGCAGACCAGAUGAAAAUUGACAGUGAGGAAGAGGCUGGAGGAUCUGCCAUGGAUGGUACCACCAAUGCUUUGGAAGGUCAUGGUAAUGAGUUAGGCAUAGACGCAAAGGUGCGAAAGAUCAAAGAAGAAAAGCAAGAUGAAUCAUGCAUUCCGUGUGAAUUGUGUGGAGCCCUGCUGACAGAGGAGGAUCAGUCUGCUCAUUACAUCUCCAGCCACAUGGGACAUAUCUGUGCCUGUGGAAGGUGUGGCCAAGUGCUCAUUAAAGGCAGGCAGCUGCAGGAGCAUGCCGAGCGCUGUGGUGAGCCCCAGGGAAUUGAGACUGACUCCCCAGGUGAGGAUUCACCUCUCCUUGAAGAUGGCGAGGCUAUGGAAGCAGCAGACCUGGGCUUUCGCUGUCCUCUCUGUGGUUUGAUAUUUGAAAAUGAAAGUCUUGCUGUCGAGCACACAUUGGCUUGUCCUGAACAGGAGCCUUUCCGCCCUGUCCUGUUGGACGACGGUGGCGAGCCUGACCAUCGGCGCAAGCAUUUCUGUGCCAUUUGCGGAAAAGGCUUUUACCAGAGGUGUCACCUACGGGAGCACUACACUGUACACACCAAGGAGAAGCAAUUCACGUGUCAAACCUGCGGAAAACAGUUUCUGCGCGAGCGACAGCUUCGGCUGCAUACUGACAUGCACAAAGGAAUGGCACGAUAUGUCUGCCCUGUGUGUGACCAGGGUACUUUCCUCAAACAUGAUCAUGUGCGACACAUGAUCUCUCACCUGUCAGCCGGAGAGACUAUCUGCCAAGUGUGUUUCCAGAUUUUCCCCAGCGGUGAGCUCCUGGAGAAGCACAUGGAUGUACAUCUGUACAUCUGUGGUGUGUGUGGAGAGAAAUUUCGCCUCCGCAAAGACAUGCGGAGCCACUACAACUCCAAGCACACCAAGAGACAAUGAGAGGCAGAUUUGACAGCAUACACUCUGCCAAUGAAUCUUUGAAAUAAGCCAUACUGUUAAUGUGAGGUCCAAUCUAUGCACUUAAGACACCAGUUGUAACCUUUAAAACUGCACUUUCUAUCUGUAUGCAAUUCUGGAUGUGUUGCUCAAUGUUUUUGGUGUGAUUAUAAUGCCUCAAGCUUUUGUCCUCAGUUUCAUAUGAGAUCUUGCAUGUAGAGAUGGAUAUCCAGAUAAAGCCUAGACAUCAACUAAAUGACACUAUCACUGGUGUUGCAGUUGAAAAUGCUACAUAAGUUAAUGCUUGAUCUGCACUUAUGAAUUCGGCUCGUGGCUGAUAGAUAUACAUCUCUCAUUUGCAGCAGAAAGAAUAAGUCUAUGUCCAUCCAGUAGGCUAAAUAAUUUCUGUUCAUGAAGCUUUAAUGAUGGUGCACAUUGGCUUAAGUUUAUUUUAAAACAUUUUUAACGUAGUAUUUAAGAGAACGUUUCUCAAAGGGGACAUAGUUGUUUUUUUUUUUUUUUUUUGGUGGUGCUCUUAUAUUCCUAGUGAACACAGAAAUCCAAGCACAGAUGUCUUCAUCCAUUCUGCUUUCAUUUUGUCAUUAUUUCAAGUAGCUCUGGUAUCAUUACUUAAAUGGUUCUAAUUUUCCACACUCAUUUGCCCUUAAGGCAGAGAGAUAAUAAUGGAGAAUAGAUUAUGCAAUGUACACUGAUCCUAUUCCCCCUUGUUACCAGAACACUAAAAAUACCGCAUUUGAUAAAAAGCAGAGAAAAACACUCCUGUUGACGCUUUCAGCUAGUUGUACCUGCUUAACAAUCACACAUACAAAACCCAGUAAUCUAUGCAAACUGUUGUAAAUUUAACCCCAAUUAAAUGCACAUGGAGUUUAUAAGAAAGUAUAAUAAGAAGUGUCACAUCUGUUGUGUAUAGUUAUAUCAGUAUCCCAAAGAUUUCCAUGUGCUGUUCAUCUAAACAAACUUUGUUCUUCUUAGCUAGCUGUUUCUAAUGAGGAUUACAUGUUAUACAAUACUUAUUAUUAGCCUACACUGUUUUUAUUCAGAGCUAUCAAGCUGUAUCAAAAUAAUGAAUUACUGUGGCAAAGUCUUGAUGUGUAAUUUGAGAAUAAGGAAAUGCCAUGUAAUCCUUGCACAAGGGUGUAGGGUAAAUUAUUACAUUAUUGUAUAAAAGCUUUUCAGCAGUCGUUAUCGUGUCUAAAAUGUCCCGUGAAAUAGCCUGGUUGGUUUUGCGUUUUGUUUGCUUUAAAGUGUAGCCAAUUGACAUUGAUGCUGACCAGCGAGCAGACACUGUAUUUGGAGAUGUGGUGCAAGAAAACUAUCAAUGGGGUCAUGUGAUCAUGCAGAUUAAUCUAGACACAAUGAAUGACUCGAUUAAUAACAGGUGGCCUGGCUAAAUCUGGGACAAUGCUCCACAAUUUUGUUUGAAACAAGUCGGCCCGUCCAAGUAAACUAACCAUUUUAAGGUCGCGUGUAAAAGUUAAUGUAAUGUUUAAUUGUGUGAAAGUACUGUAUAUCAAGACUAUGUUAGAGUGGAGUUUAUGCAGUUUACAUGUUGUCUUUAUUGUUAUUAAACUAAAAGUGGAGUUGAAAUUAAGGUCCAAAGCAUCCACAAGUAAUGAUAAUUUACAGAGAGCUCAGGCAUUUGCACUGGGCAUCAAGCAGUGUAAUUGGUUCAUCUUAUGAUCUGAAUCUGGUGAAAAUAUUUUUGAGAAUGGAACAUCAUCACUUUUUUAAAUUUCCUUCAGUGUUUCAUAUGUUCUUGGAUUUAAAAAAGUUAAAUAAAAAAGUUUAAAUAUUGGGAAUUUGUGUGACACUUGAUAU